ACACCCUUAGCUUGCGAUCCCCUUUUUUCAUAAUUUUCUUUAUUAUAAUACAAUAUAGAAAUAGACAAUUAUUGUUUUUUUUUUAAUUUCAUUAAUUAAAAUAUUUAUCAUGUUAUCGUCUCCUAAUACCUCACUAUCUACCAGCAAAAGUAAUUCAGCAGUGAAACCUAAUUACAGCUUAAAAUACACUUUAGCAGGUCAUACCAAAGCUGUUUCUUCUGUUAAAUUUAGCCCAAAUGGAGAGUGGUUGGCUAGCUCUUCUGCUGAUAAAGUGAUUAAAAUCUGGGGAUCUUAUGAUGGCAAAUUUGAAAAAACUAUUGCUGGUCAUAAACUUGGAAUAUCAGAUGUUGCUUGGUCGAGUGACAGUAGACUUUUAGUAUCUGCAUCAGAUGAUAAAACAUUAAAAAUUUUGGAAUUAAGUUCGGGUAAAUGUUUAAAGACAUUAAAAGGUCACAGUAAUUAUGUUUUUUGCUGUAAUUUUAAUCCUCAAUCCAACCUCAUUGUAUCUGGAUCGUUUGAUGAAAGUGUUAAAAUAUGGGAUGUAAGAACAGGUAAAUGUUUGAAAACGCUUCCUGCUCAUUCAGAUCCUGUUAGCGCUGUUCAUUUCAAUAGGGACGGAUCUUUGAUUGUGUCCAGUAGUUAUGAUGGAUUAUGUCGAAUUUGGGACACAGCAUCUGGACAGUGUUUGAAAACUUUGAUUGAUGAUGAUAAUCCUCCUGUAUCGUUUGUUAAAUUUUCACCAAAUGGCAAAUAUAUCUUAGCAGCUACUCUAGAUAAUACAUUGAAGUUAUGGGACUACAGCAAAGGAAAAUGUUUAAAAACGUACACAGGCCAUAGAAAUGAAAAAUAUUGUAUUUUUGCGAAUUUUUCAGUGACUGGAGGAAAAUGGAUUGUAUCUGGCUCAGAAGAUAAUAUGGUGUAUAUUUGGAAUUUACAAACUAAAGAAAUAGUUCAAAAAUUACAAGGACAUACAGAUGUUGUAUUAUGCACCACGUGUCAUCCUACAGAUAAUAUAAUAGCAUCUGCUGCAUUAGAAAAUGAUAAAACAAUAAAACUGUGGAAAAGUGAUACGUAGGUGAUUUCUAGAGAAAUUGGAAAGAUCAACGUACAUGUACAUCAUACAACAUUAGUUGCUUUUUAUACAUUUUUCUUUAUAUUUUUUAUAAAAAGUAAUAUAAUUUUUGUAGUAUACUAUAAUAUAAUGAGAAUUUUUUAACGUAUAAUAUUUCGAACUUGUUUCAAAUAAAAAAAGCGAAUAGAAUACUUAAUAUGUAAUAAA